AUGGAAGAGCCAGAUUUUCUCGGUCUUGAAAACCGUCUACGAAAAAUCGUCAAAGAGCUUGUAGAGCCCACUAUCAGAAGAUCCCAAGAAAAUAAAGAAGGAAUUGAAAAACUCUCUCUUAAAGAUGAAGAACUCCUUAAGAAAAUCCAAUCUCUUGAAAAUCAUCUUUUUGCCACAAACAAAAAAUUAGAAGCUACAGAUGACUACUCAAAGCGUACAAUGGAAUAUGAAGCCAGUAUGAGAGUAAUGGAAUCUCGAUUUACAAAAGAUAAAGAAGAGUUUAAGCAACAGUUAGAUCUUCUUUCAAAAAAAAUUAUUUACUGUGAGGAGAAAAUAGACGUUUUAGAUCAUCAAAAAGAGCAGCUUAGAAGCGAUAUUUAUAAGCUUUCACAUACUGUGAAUUCCAAUAAAAAUAUUACUGAAGAAAAAUUAGGACUGUUUCAAGAUGAUUAUUUAGCGAAAAUUGAAGAAUUAAAUAUAAGGACUGGAAAGGUAGAAAGAAAUAAUUUUCAAAUUGAAAAAAAAUUGGAGCAUGUGCUAAAAGAUCUAGCUGAAGUGGAUUUUAUUGCGAAAAGAGGAGAUAAAAUAGCGGAUGAAAGUCAAAAAGAUUUAAAAAAGCAUAAGAAAACACUGAAAAACUUGCAAAAAAUAGUAAAUGAGUCGAUUGAUAAAUUAAAAAGCAGCAUUUAUUUGCAGGGCGGAGAAAUUCAAAGCAUGAAUAAAAAGAUAUAUGAUUAUCUAAGUAAUGAAUACAAAAUAAAGAAUCAACUUUUCGUUAUGUAUGCUUUAUAUGAGACUCUUCAAGACCCAAAGCUCAGAAGAAAUAUUGCUAAAGUAGAAAACGACAUGCUUGGAGGCUGGGAUGAAAAUUUACUAAACCCAGAUUUAAUUCCCUGUUCAUAAUAAGAUAAAACUUUUUGACUGCUCCCGGAGUUAAUUUUUUUAUAAAUUUAUUUUCAACAAAAAUUAGAAAGUAAAAGUUAAUUUAAUUCAUUUUUGUUUCAAAUUUAAUAGUUUAUCUAAGAAUUUCAGUAUAAUAAUAAUUACACUCAUAUAUCAAAAUAAUUUUUAUAAAAAACUAUUAUAUAUUUACUAGGCUUUUUUCUAAAAAAUAAUGAUUUUCCAUUUAUAAUUCACACUCACGGGAAAUUGUUGCUGAUAUGAAAAACCGUUCCCAACAAAUUUUAGAUACUCCACUUCCACCGCCCCCUCCAGAGCCUAAACAAAUAAAGCAUACACUGAUAUCAGCAUCUUCCAUAUCAAGUAGCAAGUCCUCUCUUUCUCCAUCAGUAAAUGCUUCUCGUCGAGGAACCCACCGCUUAUAUGUACCAUCUAAACGAACUUAUGAAGAAGAGGAAAAUUCAGGGUCACAGCAUGAAGAAAGCGAAAACGAUAAACCUGAGCAUUUAUCCUCAAAAGAAAGUAUAAUUCAUAUGAGACCUUUAUCUCCUCGACAAAGUUUUAGAGGUAUAGAAAACAUGCCAAUAAUAUCAUCAGUCUCAAAGCUAAAUGAGACUGAGGAGCCAGUCACUUUAACCACUCAUGAAAGAUUUGAUUCCUUUAUGCCUCAGCCUCAAGAAACCUUAAAUUCUCAUCGUUCAGACACUGACAACACUUCAGAGCCCAAUGAACCCUUUUUUAUGCAGCAGCAAAUUGAUUUUUCACCUUAUAUAGAAGAGGUAAAGCAAAUGAUUUUUGAAUUAAAAAGUUUGCAUGAGGAAGAUAUUUUAAGCAUAAAAGAUGAAAUUUUGUUACUAAAAGAGAAUAUUCUAGAUAUAGUGUGGGCACGCUUUUAGCACGUCCUAACCUUAGAAAUUGACUCGUCACUUGAAGGUGGUGAGCUAAAUCCCCUAGCUAAGUAGGAAGAAACACGCUAAAAGUGUACCAAAGCUAUACAAAGAUGAAAACUGAAGAAGUUGAUACACAGCUCAAGCUGAGGCUUUAUGAGAUUUCGCAGAAAGAAAAAGAAAUAAUGGAAGAUACUAGCCAGAGGAUAAAAGAAGUAGAACUGAUAAUGGAGCAAAACAUGAGUGAGUAUAUGACUAUUUUAAACCAAAGGAAAAGAGAAAAUUCUGAUAUAGCGUCAGAUAUUAAGGCAUUAAAUACAAAAAUUGCUGGACUUUCAUACCAAAACCCUAAGAACGAAGAAAAAUAUGAAAGUCUAAGAAAAGUUGUGGAGCUACUUGUAGAAUAUUCAAAAAUUUGUAUAUCUUUGCAAAGUCAAGAUGAAAUUGAUAGAGAUUCAAUCUCCUUACUAGCAUAUAAAGACACUAAACAAAGACCCGGAAGUCGAACUCAAAGCAGAGCAGCUAAUGCAAGACCAGUUGUUUCAAUAGAUAAACAAUGCCAAUCAUGUGCUGGGCAGUCAUCAAUUGUUAUGAAUGCUUUUAAAAUGGCUUGCUUAGCCUACACCCCCUCUCUAGUCUUGUAUGGAGGCAGCCAAUUCAACCGAAAAGAGCUCAUUGAUAUCCAGAAAAAAAUUAUUGAAGGGAUCUGGGAAACAAAUUCCAAUGAAUUCAGCAUGACAAGUUUUCUUGAGGAAAACAGAAAUAUUCGCUGCAAAACUUCUACAUCUUUUCGCAAAUGGCGACCUUCUUCUGUUCCAGCAAAUGAUUUAAUAAUCCAUACCCCUCAGUUUGAUUUAUCAAACACUGAAGGCGAGCUUCCUAUUCUCACCCCGCCCUUUGCUAGUGAGCAAAAUUUUUCUGUUCUCUAUCCAAAGGGGUAAUUUUUUUAUAUUAAAAUUAUAUAUAAAAAAUAUUUUCUAACGGUUUUAAAAUUCAAAUUUUAAGAAAAAUCUAAUUUAAUUCAUAUUUUAGAAGAUAUUAUUAUUAUUAUUAUUAUUUAAAAUUUAAUUAUAUACUCCUUGCACAAAUCAAAGAUUGUUCAAGGCAUAAUAAUAAUUAAUUCGUAUCAUUAUAAUUUUAAUAUUUUUUAUAUAUAAAAAAUAUUUUUGCUUACUAACGAAGAUGGUCUAAUUGCCAAUUGGCUUUUCUAAUGCUAACUAAGAGGGAAGUUAGUCGAAAAUCUAAUCGAUAA